GAGAGAGCGCUAAGUACUAGACAGUUUCUAACAUGGCGGUCUAGAAAGGUGGUAUCGAUAAAUAAUGCAUUCAGAUGAAAACAAACCUGCAAAUCAAAGCUCUAACAUACUGAGCUCAAAAAGAAAGCGGGAUUUCGAGGAAAGCAGAUCAAAGGUGUCCCGCUCCGAAGGUUUUUCCUGGUGGACAUCAUUAAUGUUGGGAGUUGAACCGAAGAACUUUCCAAACACUCGUAGUUCGGUCGUGUCCACGAAACAAAAAGCUGACGAACAAGACCAUUAGGGAAACUUUUCCACCAAAAAGUAAAUACAGAAAUCUCUCCACGCUAGUCUUUUGUAAAAUAAGAGUUCACGAGCGUCUAACUGUGGGAAGGCGAAGAGAAAUGUCAUGUUCUGUUAUCGUUAUUGGUCGAUCAUCAGCUGAUUGUGGGCUGCACUGAAGUGCUUCAUACAGCUUAACAUCUUCUGGCAAAAGAAAUUGUCUUUUCACCUGUGUAGAUAACCAACCAUUGGUAUUUGGUGAAUCGUUUUAUGCACAGUUCCUUGUCUGGUUCCGUUCAUUAAGUAUAACUAACUACGGUGCACUUCUGUCUUUUCAUAUGACGUUCUCUGUAGUGCACCUUACUAGUUGAUCGCAUGAAAUGAGACAACAAAAACUCUUUGAAAACACAAUCGUCACUUUGCGAUGAUUUAUUGUAUCGUUGGAAAGGAUGUUUAUGAAAACACCUAUUCCGUAGGGAGAUGCUUCGCAUUGAAAUGAUAGGAUAAGACAACAUCUCGUCAUACAUUUGAAAAUUUAUAGUUGUCUAAGGCAUUUGAAAUUACUAUGUCUGGAAUUGGAGAGAAUUCAGGUGAGCAUCUUGCGGAAGAUAGCAGUCUUGAUUUUCCAGAGCCUCCAGAAAAACCACUUGAUAGUGACUGCUGUGGAAGUGGUUGUGUACCAUGUGUCUUUGAUAUUUAUGACGAGGAAAUGGCAAAAUGGAGAUUAGAAUGUGACAGAAUAAAAAGUGGAAAAAGUAUCCUGGAGGAUUUACCUGAUGGAAGUUUUGAGCAAGUACUCAGUACUUCAGAGUUUCGAUGUUUUGAACUAGAGUCCAUCACUCGGAUGACAGAUGAUUCAUGUAUAUACAGAUUUAAGAUCCCAGGAAAUAGGAAGCUAGGGAUCAAAGUAGGACAGCACUUAAUAAUGAGGGGCAAAUUUGAUGGCAGGCAUAUCACUAGACAGUACACACCUAUUAGCCCAGUAGACGGCCGUGGGUUCUUUGAUGUACUCAUCAAGGUUUAUUUGAAUGGAAAAAUGUCUCAACAUAUAAAAACUUGGCAAGUUGGUGACAUGAUUGAAUGGCGUGGACCUUUUGGAAAAUUUUCUUACUCACCAAAUCAGUAUCGUAGGAUUGGUAUGUUAGCAGCAGGAACAGGGAUUGCCCCAAUGCUGCAAGUGAUUCAAGACAUAGUUACAAAUGAGGAUGACGAAACAUUUAUCCAAUUGGUUUACUCAAGCCGAACAUAUGAUGACAUUUUAAUGAAAGACACACUGGAUGAAUUUAAAGCUUACUGGAAUUUUUCAGUACUCUAUGUUCUAAGCCAGGAAAGUAAAGCUGGCCAAUCAAAAGUCAAGUACAGAGAUCACAUGUCAUACGGCAGGAUCGAUCAGGAGCUUGUGUCACGUGAGAUGCCUCAGCCGUCACGUGAUGUUCACGUGUUAAUCUGUGGAACCAAGUCGUUUGACAAGGACAUGAUAAAAUAUUUGAAAGCUGCUGGUUACACAUCAGACAUGUAUUAUAAGUUCUAAUUAUGAGAAAAUUACCAUCUGUCUUAUUUUUGUCUAUGAGAAAAUUGUUCUUCAAGAAAGAUCUUUUGUACACUUCGCCAACAAGGCAUAACUUUUAGAUGCUACUUUGGUACCCUUCCCUGAUCAAACGCUGUUAUUUUAUUCCGAUUUUUUGAACCCUCUGAUAAUUAAAACCAAGUUCCUUUUUCCUCAGAGGUUUAAGGAAGCGGAAUUUCACUGUAGCUUUUUGCUUGAGAUAUAGAUUCACACAGUCACAAAAAACUUUGUACAUGUGCAUUUGUCAAUAGUGUUCUUAAUAAAUUGACAGAGACGAUGUGUCUGUUGUAUACUUUCCAAUUAGAAUGAUUAUUGGACUGGAAGAUAUCGCGUAUAUUUUUUUUACAAAGUCUGGCACCAACGAGACAAAAAUGUGAAAAAGUAUAG